AUGUCUCCAGCAACUAAACUUAAAAGGACAUUCUCCGUACUGGUUGGUUCAGACAUAACUAUAAAAUUUCUCCUGCCUAAUGGGAUUAUAGUACCACUUACAGUGAGUUCAGAAUCAACGUUAGAAGAAAUCAAAGUGCAGCUUUGGAUUUCCGCAAUUAAAUUACCAUUAUUCGAUAUAUUGCAGUCGAAGAAUGAUUAUAUAUUUAUUGGUGUUAAUCGCGAAACUGGUGACGAAGAAGAAUUUUAUAAUUUAAAUCUUCGACUUCAUGAAAUCCCUCUUCUUCUACCUUACUUACGUGUUACUGAAGCUGCAAGAGAGAUUACUUUAUUGAAAAUCAAUAAUCAGGAUGCUGCAAUCUCCAGUUGCACAGGUAUACCACAUACAGAUAUCGUACGUGCUUGUAGAACGAACCCGGAAGUAAAAUGGGCGCGUUUACGUUUAUUACGCGUAGCUAAUAUGCAUACAAAUGCACUGAAUCAGACUGGAUCAGAUGGUUUGAUCCGUUAUUUAACUUCAGCUGGUAAACGUGAAUUAAGCCAAUCACUAAAAGUUCUUCUCCAAAAGCAAACUCAUCUUAAAAUCACAGCAUGGGUAUUAGAUGGUAAAGACCCGCCGGAAAAAUGUCAUGUUGUCAUUGAAUUGGAUAAAAAGGCUACUGUAUUUAAUGCUUUAAAUGAAAUUUUGCGUGCACAAGCUGAACUGGCUAAACAAGAUUGUAAAGUUAAAGUAGAUUAUGGUCUUCCAGAAGCAUCAAAUUACUUAUUGAAAGUCUGUUGUUCACAAGCUUAUCUGUUCGAUUUGAAUGAAUUACUCAUUCAAUAUGAAUAUAUACAACAAUGUAUUGAACAUUAUGAAUAUCCUUGUUUAAGUCCAAUAUUAAAGAAUGACAUUAAACAAAGUUUGCAUAAUUGUCUUAAUGAAUAUACUAAAAAUCACAUUUGUCAACUGAAUCAUAAUCAUCAGAAUUGGAUAAUCUCUUCAAAGUCCACAACAAAUAACUAUACCAAUAACUCCGAAAACAAUAACAAUUCCGUUGAUUUAUAUCAACAGUUAGAAAAUUUUUUAAUAAAUCAUGACAAAUUCGAUAAAUACGAAGAUGAUCAAUGCACGGAUAACAUUGAAGACAAUUUUAUUGAUUAUCAGUCUUUUGUUGAUCUCAACGAAGAUGGUGAUGUACCAGCUUUUGAUGAUAUUGGUAGUGCUUGUACAAUUCUUUCAUCUGAAGACAGUUCUUCAAGGAAUGUUGAAAGUAGGCAAAAGAAAUCAAAAUCUCAAUAUGCACUCACUCCUAAACAUCAAAAUAUUGUAUCACUUUGGGAACUAAGUGGAUUUUUAAGUGUACAAGUUUGUUCAGCACAAUUUCUUGUCGAAAAUAUUACAAAUUCAAAUUAUUCUUCCACAACCUCUCUCUCAUUAUCAACAGCUUCUUUUCCAUCCUCUUCAAUACAUCAAUCAAAUCCUAACUUAAAUGUAGUGCAACAUACGAGUGCAUCUGGUGGAGCUGCUUUAGAUGGAAGUUAUGUUGUACGAGUGGGGAUAUUUCAUGGUAGCCAGUUUUUAAUUGAAUGUCAAACAACUAAGGAAAGACCGGGAAACUAUCUAACAUGGCGCGAAUGGCUCAAUUUUCAUGUUCUUUUAGCUGAUCUACCUAUCGCUACUCGCAUUUGCGUAGCUCUUAUACGAGUCAAAAAAAUUGUCGAUCGAAAAAAUGUGAGAUUUUGUGAAUACCUAUAUGGCUGGGGUAAUAUCAAUUUAUUUGAUUACAAUGGUUUCAUGAUCUCGGAUGAAAUUACUUUAAAUUUAUGGCCACCGUCUUUAGUUCAGACGGCAGAUGAAAGUCUUCAUCCAUGUGGUACUGUACUCGGUAACCCCAACCCUGAAUUAUCAGUACAGAUCAAAAUUCAUAAUCCAACCCAAGGUCGUAUUCGUCGACCAACAGUUAAUUGUUAUAUUAAUGCAUAUCAUAAUAAAAAUUUUCAUUCUUCUUCCCAAUCCUAUUCAGACAAUGAUUCAAUGAAAUCGCGCAAUAAUGAUGAUGAUAAUAAUGAGGAUGAUAAGGAUGUUAAGAGUAGAAAAGUAGAUUAUACAUUUUGUACAAAUGAAAUUGAAGGUGAUGUAGACACUUGUCUAUUCAUGGAAUCAAAUAAUAAUUUAACAAUUCAUAGUCAAGAUAUACCAUCAGAAUUUGCAUUGAAUAAAUCUCUUCAAAAUAACACCAUUAAUUCAGCAACAACAAAUUUAUCAAAUAAAAUAUUAGAGUCAAGAUUACGUGAAAUAGUUAGUCGUGACCCGUUAUAUGAAUUAUGUGAACAAGAAAAAGAUUAUUUAUGGCGUGGUCGUUAUUGGUGUUUAAAUAAUUUACCUGCAGCAUUACCAUGGAUAUGUCAAGUUGUUAAUUGGUAUGGUCGUGAUACAUUAACAGAGUUCUAUAAACUUAUACAUCAAUGGCCACAACCAUUAAGUGUUGACAUUGCUUUGCGACUACUUGGUGCAUUCGAUUUGACAAGAAGUAAUUCAAAUCUUAUUAAUUUACCAAAUGGAAUAAAAGUUGGAGCAAGUGGAAUAGCUGACCUGUAUUUACGUAAAUUAGCUGUAAAUAGUUUGUAUAGUCUUAGUGAUGCUGAACUAAAUGAUUACCUGUUACAGUUGGUUCAGGCCCUUAAAGCCGAAACCUAUUUGGACAAUCCAUUAACCCGCUUUAUCUUAUAUCGUGCUUUAAAAAAUCCACUGCAAAUUGGUUUACGCUUCUUUUGGCAUUUACGUUCUGAACUUCAUUUGCCAGAUGUACGCCUUCGAUUCAGUCUAAUAUUAGAAGCAUUUUGUCGAGGUUGUGGACCACUGUUAAUAUUACUUUCCCGUCAAGUAACUGCUCUUAAUCGUUUAGAAGCUUUAAGUACACGUUUAAAAGAAUUAACUAAUGAAGAUGAACAACGUGAACUUUUCCGUGAGGAAGUGUCUCGAACAGAAACUCAAAGUGAUCUUCAAUGGUUACCAUCUCCAUUAUGUUUAAGUGAAACCUUAGGCGAAUUAUUAAUUAAAAAAUGUGAUGUUAAACGAUCUAAAAAAAGACCCUUAUGGCUUGUAUGGACAAAUCCUGAUAGACUUGCAGAAUUUCAUCACAAGAACUAUCAACUGAUAUUUAAACAUGGUGAUGAUCUCCGUCAAGAUAUGCUAACACUUCAGUUACUUAAAUUAAUGGACCGAAUAUGGAAAGAAGAAGGGAUGGAUAUGUGUUUAACAUCAUAUGGUUGUUUUGCAACAGGUUAUGAAAUGGGAAUAAUUGAAGCAGUACGUGAUUCACGUACAGUUAUGUCUAUACAAGGAGAACGUUUACGUUCCGCUUUACAAAUUGACUCAUCACAGCUAUAUAAAUGGUUAAUGCAACAUUCUAAACAAAAAGCAAGACAGCAAAACCACUCACCAUUAGGUGAUAGUUCUGCCUAUGAACGAAUGAUACGUACAUUUACUAUGUCAUGUGCUGGUUACUGCGUUGCUACAUUUAUUUUAGGAAUUCGAGAUAGACAUCCAGACAAUAUAAUGGUUGAUUCAACUGGCCGAUUGUUUCACAUUGAUUUUGGGCAUAUUUUAGAUAAUCGUAAGAAGAAAUUUGGUUUCACUCGUGAACGUGUACCAUUUGUUUUGACAAAAGAUUUUAUUACAGUAAUAGCACGUGGUAAUCCUGAUGCUGGGUCAAUUACGACAGCAACUAAUACUCCACCAUCGGUCAUCCAUAGUACUGUUGGAGGAAUAUACGGUAAUACAUAUUUUCAAGAAUUCACUGAUUUAUGUGGCAAAGCUUAUCUACUUUUACGUAAACAUUCAAAUCUCAUAUUAACAUUAUUAGCUAUGAUGUUACCUUCUGGAUUACCCGAGUUGACUUCAGUGUGUGAUUUGGAACAUGUAAGAAAAACUUUAGCUGUCGAAAUUGAUAAUGAACAAGAAGCGCUCGCCUAUUUUCAUCAGAAAUUUAAUGAAGCUUAUUCUGGUGCAUGGACAACGAAAAUUGAUUGGUUUUCACAUUGGAUGAAUACGUAA